UAACGGGCUAAUCGCGAAACAACAGAUUUCAAACACAUUGGACAGGAAAAGGGACAGUGCAUAACCGGUGUCGGAGUCGUCAGACGCGCUUGGGAAAAUUUUUGGUGCUCUUGGUCUUUCAAGUUUCCUUUGCGACAAAGUCUCGCCAUACUGCCAGAACUGCCUACAGACCUUUUUUCCCUUUUGGCGCAAACCCGAGAAAAACAAACCAUGUUAUCAAUGCCGGGGACUCUUUGAUUGGAUUUGAAACGACUUGCAACCGAUGGCCGCAGCAGCCGUCGAGCUGAUCUUAAGAUGGAUGUAAAUGCGACAGAAGAGAAGCCAAAGCCGUUACCUCCAUACGGCGGUCCUCCGCCUCCGGCUCACCGCAUGCCACCUCCCGAAGGAGCCCAAGGUGUACCAUCCUCCCAUGCAGUGUACGAGCCGUCCUGGCGUCCAUAUCCGCCGACCUUUGAUGCCACUGCGGACCAGCGUCGGCCUACAAAUGCUCCUCCGCAGCCCCCGAUACCUCCGCAUGGUUACCCAGUUCAUCCCAAUCGGGAGCUGCCGCAGAUUCCUCACGAGGCGCCAUAUGGCCGUCCCAACAGUUUACCAGGACCGUCUCAUUCUCCUCAGGAUGCUCAUCCACCGCCACAUCCUGCCUAUCGACCCAUGAACGGAGCGCCUCCUCAUGAGGCUAUCCCUCAUACUGCCCCGGGGGAGUAUAGGCCACGGAUGGCGUAUCCUCCUCACGAGUCUCAUACAAACGGUGAACCGCCCCCUCAUUCGAUCCCUCCAGGACAGUAUCCGCCGGGUGUGCCUCAUAUGUCUCAACCCCCGGGGCCAUAUGAGCCUGGUUAUUACCAUAAUCAAGCUUUCGGUGCUCGCCAGCGCAAAGCGGCCAGAGCGCAACAGGCGUGCGACCAAUGCCGAGCAAGGAAGGCUAAAUGCGAUGAAGGUCGACCAGCAUGCAGCCACUGCAAGGAGAAUAACCUUGUCUGUGUCUAUAAAGAGGUGCCUCCACAUAAGCAGGAAAAGGCUACUCAACUCGUUCUCGACAAGUUGCAGCAGAUUGAGGACCGAAUGACGCAGCUACAAGCGCAGGUACAAGCGCAGCAGGUGGAGCACAGUGCUCAGCUCUCUCAGCAGAGUGCUCAGAUCAGCGAAAUCCUGUCUCGAGGAUCUCCUUCGGCUGUUGUAGAUAUCCCUCCAACAGGUAUUCCCGCCUCGAAAGCUGCAAUUCUGCAGAACACCCCUGUCCAGCCAUCCUUGAGUUCCACGGGUGUCUCACCUAUACCGGGCGAGCAUAUGCCAAAGAGCGAGAAUGUUCCUGUUCCCGGAGGCCCCAAGGUGGAGGGUGGUGAGAAGGUCAACGACCCUAUGAUCAAGGACGAUGACGACGGCGAGCUUUCAAUUCCGGUGGAACAUACGACAGCGGCGCAUAAGCUGUUGCUGUGGCCAUCGAUCCGGAGGCUACUAGGCCCCAAAGAAUUCGACGAGGACUACGUGAUGAGGUUGGAAGAGGAACGUGGGUUGAUUCGCGUGUAUGGACGAGGCGAAGGUGACGAUCGCAGUGACUAUGACCGGUCUGCCGGGAGUCCAACAACAAACAGUUCUAGUCCGUGCUGGGAAGAUGAUUACACGCAGGGUGCUUCGCCCAACCUGCCCUGGGGUACUGGUCUUCCAAUAAUGACGAACACAGCCCAACCAAAGACUCGAGAUCAGCUUGUUGGUGGCCUGGACGAGUUUGGCCAGCUGAACACGGACCCGGAGACUGUACGCAAGCACCACAGAAGUUACCUUAACCAUCUGCAUAUUCUGCAUCCUUUCCUGGACGAGAACAGCCUCGAGCGCAAGAUUGAGAGAUUCAUUAAGCUCUACAGCCCACAACGGAAGAACAAUCUGGGUCAGGUCAUGCCAGGCAACCCGGGUGAUCCGCCUCGAGGUGCCAAGCGGAAGCGUUCCUCUGAGGGGUUGCAUGGUGUCGGAUAUGAUAUGCAAUCCUCUUCCCCUUCCUCGAAUCCCGAACGCCCUGUUUUGCGACGGAUUGAGAAAUCGAUCGAUAAUGCUAUUAUUCUUUUGGUCCUAGCGCUUGGUUGUAUAUGUGACUGGACGGACAAGCCGAUACCUGGGCCUGUCAAAGACGCCUCAGAUAUCCAGAGAGACCAGAUGAUGGCGACUUCGGCACCGUGGGCCAACGUGAUGUCUCCAGCAGUCCCAGACUCUCCAUUUCAUUCGUCAGGAGGAGCAGGAGGAGGAGGUGGCAGUGGUGCGUAUUUCAAGUCCUUCCCUUCUCCGACGGGAUCGGAUCACCGCAGAAGCGUCCCGGGCCGACCUCUGUCGUCCACAGGAUGGUCCGCUCAUGAUGGACCAGAAUUCUCCCACCCGAAGAAUAUGGAGGUCAUUCCUGGUCUGGCAUAUUAUGCCUACGCCACGGAUAUCCUGGGCAAUCUCCAGGGUGGAAAUGGGCUAGCCCAUGUCCAGGCCGGUCUCCUAGCGGGACUCUACGCUGGUCAAUUGGCACAUCCGUUCCAGAGCCACGGAUGGAUCUCGCAGGCAUCCCGAGCGUGUCAAGUGCUUGUCCGGCCGAGACGAUAUGAAAAGAUGCAAGACGGCCCCAAGAAGGAUCUCUAUGAUUUUGCCUACUGGACUUGUCUACAGCUCGAGAGUGAUAUUCUUGCCGAGCUCGACCUCCCUGCUAGUGGCAUAUCGCGUUCAGAAGCGCGCAUAUCUUUGCCGAAGGGUGUCUUUACACUUACCCUUCCCAAUGAAAUCCGCGCCCCGAGUACUAUGAUGAUGUUCUAUUAUUCAGCACAGAUUCAUCUUAGGAAAGUUCUGAACCGCGUCCAUACAGAUCUUUACAAAGCCGAGAAGAAAGGUCAAAGUCAGUGGUCGUCGAGUGUGCAGGAGGUGUUGAGCAUGAACCUCGAACUAUGGCGCAAGAGUCUUCCAGAGAUCAUGAGGUGGAAAGAUAGCGAUCCCCCGUCUAGUGACAUUAACACAGCGCGUAUGCGCGCGAAGUACUACGGUGCAAGAUACAUUAUUCACCGGCCUCUGCUUUAUCAUGCGCUGCACUACGCUGAUUUCAAAGAGGGAUCUGCGGUUGACUCCCCCACUGGUUCUGCAGUGAUGUCUGGUUCUCGAUCCCAGCAAGUCUCCCCGUCAAUGACACACAGCCAGCGGGCCACAAGCAUGGCCCGAUGGUCUAGCGAUAUGGGACCCCCGGGCCGACAUCCUUUGACGAAUCCAGCGUGGCCAUGUUGCCCGUUUAAACAGCUCCCGAAGAAACUCCAGCUCGCGUGCAAGAUCUGUAUCGACUCCGCGAUCCAGAGCACGGAGGCUUUCGACGGAAUCCAAGGUCGACCGGUGAUUACCAAUAUUUUUGGCACAGCGCAUGCACAAUUUGGUAAUAUGCUUGUCCUUUCUGCAACCUACAUCUCUAGUCUCUCUGAGCUCGUCGAUCGCCACGUCCUCCAGCGACUUCUUAAACGGACGAUCGACUUCCUUCUGCAGAGCAGGAAUAUCUCUCCCAGUCUGCGCGCGGACGCCGAGAUCCUGACGGAGAUCUAUAAUAAGCUUUUCGGAGACCAGGCCGCUACCAGCUUUACGUCGAGCUCCGUUUAAUUGGGUUGCCUAUGGUGCACUUUAAUGUUACUUCGUCUAUAUAUCUACAACUGUUCGCAUUGGGUCCAUGUUACGUUCUGUCGAUUUUGUUAUUUCUAGGCUCGGAUCUCUGUGUGCACACUAUUCAGCAACGACCGUCUGGCCGGUGGGGAGGAAUUUUCGAAUGCAUAUCUUGGUGUGGCUGUUACCUGAUCGCUUUGGCGUUGUGAGAUCUGAUUAUAUCUCCCGUCU